AGAAAGAAAACGAAUCAAAGCAAAAAAGUAAGCGCAAGAGUCAUUGGUAAAAACCGUUGGGCUCAAAAGCCAGAAAAGAAAAGUGAUAAGAGAAUUUCCAAUUAGCAGGCGAAGAAGAUCUGUGAGAAUUCCGAUCGUAAUCCAUGGAUCUACAGCAUCUGAUCCACCAUCGUCACCACCAUAACCACCACCACCACCAUCAGCAGCAGCAGAAUCCGAGGUACGUCCCUUUUUCCAAUCCAACUCGCUACCCUGAAAAUCCCAAUUUCCAAAACCCUAGACCUCCCAAUCACCACCACUCCAACCUCUGUCAUCAUCUGGUGCCGCCACCGCCUCCGGCUAUUCCACCACCUCCUCCUCCUCCUCCACCACAGUCAUCUUCAUACCACCACCCUCUUCCUCCUCCACCCCCUCCUCCUUACAAUCCCUCUCAAUCCUCAAAAUUCGCCUUUUCCAACAACCCUAAUCACAACCUCCCUUUUGAAGAACACUCCAGAAAGCUGCAGCAUCAUCGCGAUUUCGUCGUUCUGGCGAACCGUGCUUCUUCUUCUCACCGAAUUCCCGUGGAUGAUGAUCGUCCUCCUCCUCCUCAUCGUCAUCAUCAACAUCAAUAUCAUUGUUAUCCGGAAAUCAGGUCUGAUUUUUGGGAUCAAUCUAGAGUUGUAGCUGAGAAUAGGCCGGAAAGGCCGUAUACACCUCUGCGUGGUUUUGAGCCUGAUCCACAUAAACUUCAAUUUGAUCAUAACAAACCCGUGUCGCCGUACAGAAUAACUGAAAAAUUUAGGCAUGAUUUGGAGGGCAUAUCUAGGACUAGAGGUGAGUAUGAUGAUGGGUUUGAACCCAAGUAUAGAGAAGAUAUCUUAUGGGGCCGAGAUGAUGAGAAUUAUUAUCGGGGCGGCGGUCAGUUUUCAUCGGGUGGUUCUGAUACAUCUUUUCGUGAAUUGGGAUUUGUUUCUGAUCAGGUUGGAUUGUCGAGGGAUUUGGAAUUGAAUUCCGGGAGCAAUGAUGGUAGAUAUGGUUUGGUCUAUAAUGAUGAGCUAUUCAGGAGUGGUAAUGGUGAUGGGGUUCGAGAAAAUCCCAGAUGGGGUCAUGAUAGGAAACAUAACUCGUGGUUUGAGAGGGGAAGCGUUGAGAAUAGUGUUGGUGAUGGAGCUCCUGUAGUAUAUGGGAAGCGUGAGUAUUAUGGUUCAGAGUUAGGAAGAUAUAGUAAUAGGGGAAGCAGGGAUGGUAGUCAUGAAUACAAUCGCACUCCUAGGAAGCAAUUACAAAAGAAGAGUGCUUUGCUCAGAAUCCAAGUGGCAAAGCCUUAUCGAAGGAGUGUGGAGAGUGGACAGUUGCAUUAUUCUGGUUAUCAUGAUAAUUCCGGCUCUAGUUCUUUCAGACGUAAAGAUCAUCAGCAUGUGUAUAUGAGCCGUGAGAUGGAUGAUGAAGAAGAAGAAGAAGAAAGAGAGGGAAGCCCCGUAGAGCUUGAUGUUUCUUUUAAAUCCAAUGCACUAGUAGCCAAGGCAAUUAUGGCACCUUCAAGUUCUUCUGAUGUUAUCGAUGCAGAUUUGAAUUUGAGAAAUAGGAAACUUACGAAGGAUUCGGUAUUUGAUGGGGAUAUUGUGAAUUCAGAGCUUACCGAACUUAGUGAAGAUACUGUAAAUUUUGCAAAUAGUACCUCUACUUCUGACAAGGAAUUGAUGAAGUCAGAAGUGAAAGUUACUUCUGGAGUCAGGAGUAAUUGUUUGAAUUUAAAGCACAGCAAAGAUACUGUAAAUUUGCGUGGCUCCACAAAUGUUGCAAAUACCUCAACUUCUGAUACAGAAUUGAUGAAGUCAGAAGGGAAAAUAACUUCUGGCAUCAAGAAUAAUCGUUUGAAUUCAGAGCCGACUAAACUAAGUGAAGAUGCUGUAAAUUUGCAUAGGUCCACACAUGUUGCAAAUGGUACAUCUACUUCUAACAAUGAAUUGAUAAAGUUAGAAGGAAAACGUUCUUCUGGAAUCAAGGGUACUGUUUUGGACAAAAAUGUUACUAGAACUGAUUCUGGUAAACCGUCUUCUUCAAAAGUAGUGAAGAAGAAAAAAGUGGUGAGGAAAAUAGUGAAAAGUUCCAUGCAUCCUCAUUCAUCCAUGUUGAGAUCACAGCCUAGAAAUAAGUCUAAUCAACCUCUGACAGCAGAUAGCUGUGUCCAUAGUCCAUCUGCAGCCCUUGGGACUGACAAGGGGGUGAGAUCCUCUUCAAGCCCUUGUCCAGUUGUAGGAAAAAAAGUGGAGGAAGGAUCACCAAUGACCAUGAAAGUAGAGGAAUCUGAAAUUGAUGUCAAUUCUCAUCUGAAAUGUGUAAAUAAGAUUGAGAAAAAUGGGAAGAGCUCAACUUCUGCCUUGUGUUCACCAAGUCUGGAAAAAGGAAAAAUUGAUGAGGUUCCUGAAAAUGCAGAUAAUUCUGGCCUUGGUUUGCAUGCCAUAUCAAAGAUUAACAAGAGUUUAACCAAAUUGUUGGGUGUAACUUCUCCUGAUGACAUUGGGUGCAUGGUGGAUGUCAAACAGUCUUGUAAGGCUAAAGAAACUUCAGUGCACGAGAAUGGUUUAGAAAAAGAAUCUUCAGAGACUUUAUUGCAUGGCGGAGGCAAUUCUAAUUCUAGUUUGUUAAAUUCAGGGGAAAUCAAAAUGCAUGAGGAUCUUAUAAAUGUAUGUUAUACUGACAAUAGUACCGAUACCACCUUACAUGUUGUCAAUGGUGAAAAAUUGACAAAAGAGGAAAAUUCAACAUGUGAUAUUGGGACCAUUGAUGUUUUGAGCAAGCAACCUUGUGGACUUCAGGUCUCUACGUCAUGUGGAAAUGGUAUUUCAGAAGAGGUUUCAAAGGUUACUUUUUCAGCAGGAAGCACUGCAAUUAUUGGUUUGUCAAGUUCAGGGGAAGGCAUCAUGGAUGCUGAUGCAGAUGCCUCCCAACAUGGUAGAGGUUCCAUCUAUGUUUCUAAUAGUGGCUGUAGUAACUAUGAAAAGAAUAUUAUCAUUUCUGACAGUCAGCCUAUAGAUUGUACUGCCAGGAAACCAUCUCAGGAUGUUGCUAUUGCAUUACCUGAAAAUGAUGGCACCGGAAAAUCUCCAAAAUGUAAAAUUUCAGUUGGAGAUAUUGGUUUGUCAAGUUCAGGGGAAAGCAUCAUGGAUGCAGAUACUGAUGCGUCCCAGCAUGGUAGAGGUUCAAUCUGUGUUGCUGGCAGUGGCUGUAGUAACUAUGAAGAGAAUAUUAUCAUUUCCGAUAGUCGGCCUAUAGAUUGUGCUGCCAUGAAACCAUCUCAGGACAGUGCCAUUGUGUUACCUGAAAAUGGUAGUACAGGAAAAUCUCCAAAACAUAAAAUUUCGGUUGGAGAUAUUGGUUUGUCAAGUUCAGGGGAAAGCAUCACAGAUGCUGAUACAGGUGCCUCCCAGCAUGGUAGAGGUUCCGUCUGUGUUUCUGGCAGUGGCUGUAGUAACCAUGAGGAGAAUAUUAUCAUUUCUGACAGUCAGCCUAUGGAUUGUGCUGCCAGGAAACCAUCUCAGGAAGGUGCCAUUGCAUUACCUGAAAAUGGUGGCACAGGAAAAUCUCCAAAACAUAAAAUUUCAGUUGGAGAUAUUGGUUUGUCAAGUUCAGGGGAAAGCAUCAUGGAUGCAGAUACAGAUGCCUCUCAGCAUGAUAGAGGUUCAAUCUGUGUUUCUGGCAGUGGCUGUAGUAACUGUGAAGAGAAUAUUGCCAUUUCUGACAGUCAGCCUAUAGAUUGUGCUGUCACGAAACCAUCUCCGGAUGGUGGCAUUGCAUUACCUGAAAAUGGUGCCACAGGAAAAUCUCCAAAAUGUAAAAUUUCAGUCGGAGAUAUUGAGGGGGAAGCGCCUAUAAUAAAGAAAAAGAGAACAGUUGGAACUUGGUUAGACUUUUCAAGGACAUCUGACACUGAUCUAGAGCCUGCAAGUGUUUCUGAAUCUGCAACUGCUGUGGAUAAGACAUUAAGUUUAAUUUUCAAAAACCCUAGUAAUGAAGCAGAAGUUUCUUGUGUUGGAAGCUUGGAUUUUGGGUUACGGCCUUGUGAAGAUGGAAACAGUCCAGUGGAUGGGUAUCCUGAGGCUAACUAUGUACCUAGAAGCGACGUUAAUAAUGAUUUUGAUAAGACACCUCUCCAGUGCAGAAAAAGGAGGAAAGUCUCUGUUUCUCCUUUGGAAUCAUCCAGUCUGGCUACAUCUCAGAUCAAUGAGCAAUCUGGAAAUGCAUCCUCAUCUUUUGUAAAAGCACCCUUAACUGGGAAUGUUGCUUUGACGGGACAGAAGAAAAAAAUUGGCACAACUAGUAUGGAUGCUUUGUGUGUUACUACUAAUUUGAUGCCCUGUGAAAAGGAGUGUACUCUCUUGCAUGGUAAUAAAUUGAUAAGAGAAUCUUUUGAUGCUGUGGAUGCUGCUAGGAGCUCCUUUCUUGAUGGUAAUUUGAAAGUUGAGCACCAAUGCUUUGGCUCUUCAAUUCUUGGGGAGUCGAUUAUUCCUUCUUUUCAGCCACUUUGUCCAUCAGGGUCAGAGAGGCUGCAGAAGAAAGAUGAUGCUUCCGUUAUGCCUGUUAAUAACCAUCAGAUUGAUGAUAUAAAAUGUGAAAGGGAAGAAAAAUUGGGUGUUUGUGCUUCAAAAGAAGAAUUGAUUAAUCAUGAUGAGACUGCUCAGUGCACAGUGCUUUCAGCUUUCCACCCUCCAGAUAUAGAUCAAAGAUUGCCCUGUACAAGUACAGAAUCUGAUGAUUCUCUUGUGAAGGAUAAUUUGCCUGCUGAUUGUAGUGGAGUCUCUGCUAGUACCUGCAAUGAUGAACCGAUGGAGAUUGUUACCGAUACAUUAUCAGACAUGAGUUCUCCACAAACCUCAUUUAAUGUGUCUGACACACCGGGGUUGGGUGGCAAAGUAUCUUUUAGCCAAAUAUCGAAUGACAGUUGUAGGAAUGACAAAAAUGUAGAGGAGAAGUCUGUGGUUGAUGGUGGGUCUGAUGUAUCUGCACAAAUAUCACUCUCGCAGUGUUCUAAAAGCAAUGUGAAGUUGGACCAUGGAUCUGAAGUCUCGGGGAAGAUGGUUCCGUUGCCACUGAAAGACACUAAAAGUAUGUCUUCUGGUCUGAAUAUUGUUACUGGUGAAUAUAAUGGGCAGAAGAACCAGGCUGGUGUUACCCUUACUAAGAUUUUUCCAGGUCAUGCAUCAUCUAUAUAUCCUAUGGUAAAGAAGACAGCUUCGUCAACCCAGGCAAAGCCCCGAACUUGGCAUAGAAGUGCUAAUCCUUCUGCUUCUUCUGUUACUGAAAGCAAUCCUUUCCCAAGGACUGCUUCCCCCAAUAGGCAGUUACCAGAAAGAGAUGGAAAGUUGCAAAGUUCUUCUUAUGUUCGUAAAGGUAAUAGCCUUGUUAGAAAACCUUCUCCAGUUGCUCCUCUACCCAAGGGCUCUCAUGGUUUUAGCUCGUCUGUUUAUCGGUUGAAUUAUGUGGGUAUAGAUGAACUUAAGAAGGGAACAAUUUCUGACCAUAGGGUUGAUAUUGGUAACCCAUCACAUCUUUCGAGAACAGGAGGAAUGAAUGCUUAUUUUGAUAGGCCCAUAACAUCUCUCUUAACCAACAGCAUCAAAUUGCCUAAUAGUACUGCCAUAUUGUUGGGGGAUUGUACAUCAUCAUUACAGUCAGAGCCUUUUAGUGGUUGCUCUGAAAUUACAUCAAAUCCUAUGAGAUCUUCUGAGAAUAAUGAUACACAUAACUUUGCUGAGGAUUCAUUGAGGACUUCUGAAGCGCUUGAAAAUCAGAAUGGUCAACCUAACGGUUUUGAUAACCGGACUGAACUAAAUGAUGGGAAUUUGGCAUCUUCAAAUAUGAAGAGGAUAGUUUAUGUAAAGCACAAGUCAAAUCAAUUGGUUGCAACUUCAAAUUCUUCUGACCUUUCUAUUCCUAAUGCUGAUAAGAUCCAACCCUCAUCCUUUGAUGGCUAUUACAAGAGGAGAACAAACCAGUUGAUUAGGACUUCUUUAGAAGGUCAAACCAGACCGACUGUUGUUGUUCCUGAUGACAAUUUGAACUCAGAGGUGCAAGAGGCUUCAAAGGCUAUUUCUAUCAGGUUUGGUAAGAGGCGAUCAUAUAAGGAUGUUGCAAAGUCAAGUACAACUUCAAAAAACUCAUUGGUGUGGACGCUAUGUGGCACACAGUCAUUAAAAAAUCAUGGUGGUUCUGUGGGUCAUCUGAAAGUUUUUCCUCACCUGUUUCCUUGGAAGCGUGCAGCAUACUGGAGAAGUUUUAUUCACAGUCGGAAUUUGUUUUCUAAAACUAGUUCCUUGUCAGUAAUCAGUCGGAAAUUGCUUCUAUCAAGAAAGCGAGAUGCAGUUUACACUAGGUCGAGCAAUGGAUUUUCACUGCGAAAGUCCAAGGUAUUAAGUGUUGGUGGAUCUAGUUUGAAGUGGUCAAAAUCCAUUGAAAGACGCGCAAAGAAAGUCAAUGAGGAAGCUACCCUUGCUGUUGCUGAAGUGGAGAGGAAGAAAAGAGAACAGAAUCGAGAGAAUCGAGCCGCAAGUCCUGGGUCUAAGAAUAGAAAUAAUUCUCCAAGGGAACGUAUAUUUCGUAUUGGUUCUGUCCGGUACAAAAUGGAUCCAUCAAGGCAGACACUUCAGAGGAUUUCAGAUGAUGAAUCGUCAUGCUCUGUCAGUCUCCAUCCAGAUAAGGAAGCAAAGAUAUCUUACAUUCCAAGGAGAUUAGUUAUUGGCAAUGAUGAAUACAUCCGGAUUGGAAAUGGUAACCAGCUUAUUAGAAAUCCCAAAAAACGAACUCGCAUAUUGGCAAGUGCGAAGGUCCGAUGGAGUUUGCACACUGCCAGACUGCGCUUGGCUAGAAAGAGAAAGUACUGUCAGUUUUUUACAAGAUUUGGAAAAUGUAAUAAAGAAGAUGGGAAAUGUCCCUACAUUCAUGAUCCAUCUAAAGUUGCAGUAUGCACAAAGUUUCUGAAUGGUUUAUGCUUCAACACCAAUUGCAAAUUAACCCAUAAGGUAAUUCCAGAAAGAAUGCCGGACUGUUCUUACUUUUUGCAAGGUUUAUGCACCAAUCAAAAUUGUCCUUACAGGCAUGUGAAUGUGAAUCCAAAGGCAUCUACUUGUGAAGAAUUUCUUAGGGGCUACUGUGCCGAUGGCAAUGAGUGUCGGAAGAAGCAUAGCUAUGUCUGCCCCAUUUUUGAGGCAACAGGAACCUGCCCUCAGGGGUCCAAAUGCAAGCUUCACCACCCCAAAAACCGAACCAAGGGAAAGAAAAGGAAACGCACUGGAGAGAAAAAGAAUGUUCAAGGACGUUACUUUGGUUCCAUGCAUAUUAACGUUGUGGGGCCUAUAACGGCAGUUUCUGAAAAGCUUUCUGGUCAAGCACAACAUGAUAAUGAUAUUGCUUCUGAAGGGAAAUUUGCUGAUUUUAUUAGUAUUGAUGUUAGUGAUGAUGAGGCUGGAGAAAGUAAUGAUCGGGAAAGCGAGCAAGCAACAUUAUCCGACAGUGAUAUCUCUCAAUUUCAUUUAGAUGGUCUUGAUGAAUUAAUUAAACCAGUUCGCAUAAUGGAUAAGAGAAUCCGAUGACAGGCUUAUUUCUGGAUCGUGGCAGCUUAAAUGUGAAGUAGACCUGCUAGCCUAGGAGAACAAAGGAAGUAGAUCAAAUAUCUAACCAAGCACGUUUCUAGGUAUAUAUGUAAUUAAUUUUUGAAUGAUUCUUUUAUGCUCUCCAUUUUGUUAGGGUAGUUGGGUUGGGGAUUUUGUUUUCUAUUUUUGUUUUUGUUUUUGUUUUUUGUUUUUUGUUUUUUUUUUUUAUAGUUUUUUUUUAGUUUUUUUUAGUUUUGUGUGUGUGUGUGUGGAUGGCGUUUGUGUGAGAGAGAGAGAGAUGAGGGGCUUGUGAUUUGUCCCUUGUUAUGGUGGGUGUUGUUUUUUUUUUGGCCCCCAAGAAUAUUUUGUAUAUGUGUAACAUUGUACAUGAGCAAUAAAAGAAUAUAAAAAUGGAAUGAAAUAAGUUCCAAUUGUAAG